AUGGCUUCAAGUAUAGAAGAAAAUAAUAUUUAUGUUACUUUAUUAAGUAAUGAUUCAGUGCAUAUUUAUAACAACUCUCCAAGUACGUUUACAAACUUGUUAAAACAAUCGUUAAACUUAAAUGGUGAAUGGAUUCGAAAUAUUUCAAAUUUGGAUAAGUCUUCAAAACAUGAAGUAACGACAAUAUCAAAGUUGAGUACUACUGAACAUGAUAACAUUAAAUCAAAAUUUAAGGAACUUAUGGAUUCAUCAAAUGAGAAGGAAACAAAUUUAAGUAUUAAUAAUACAACAAAUAAUACUCCACAAACUAACGCAUCAUUAAAAGAAAAAGUCAACAAAAGCUUAAAUAAAGUGAACGUAGAACGUAAUGCUCAAGUUAUCACCAAAGAAUCUGGAAGUGAUAGAAAAGAUUUAAAUCAAGAAUUGGAGAAUGACAGGAACGAUUCCAUUUUAUCGACCACACAUAAUAUUUUGGAAAACUCAAAAUCAAAAUCCUACAACGAGGUGAAAUCUGCUUCAACAGGAACAACAGCAAUACGAGCCAAUGACGACAUAAUGAAGAUGUUUAUGGAGAAGGAUCAAUUUGCCACAACGGAGACAACAACAGCAACACGAGUCAAUGAUGACAUAAUAAAGAUGUUUAUGGAGGAGGAUCAAUUUGCUACAACAGAGACAACAACAGCAACACAAGUCAAUGAUGACUUAGCUAUAUAUAAUUCAAAUAUUGCAGGACCAUUUGUUGAUUCACGUCCUUUAUAA